CACAUACACACACACACACACACACACACACACACACACACACACACACACACAUACACACACACACACACACACACACGCACACACAAUCACACAGUCACACACACUGAGCUUUUCUCUUCCUCAGCCCUGCUGUGUCUUUACUAUCGGGACAACUUUAAACCUCCAGGAUAUCUGCUGGUUUCCGCUUUUCCCUCGCCUCCAUGUGAACAUCUCGACCCGGAGAGAGGACGUUUACUGCUGCUGAAAGGAUGAUGAUGACGAUGAUGGCAGGAGGCCACGGCCGAAGGUGCAUCCCUCGCUAGAGUCAUACUUCCUCCCCAGAACUUCACCCCUCCACCAUCCAUCCACUACUGUCGUCCUUUUGCCCGACGCCAUGGCCAACCACCUGGAGCUGAUCCAGGAGCUGCAGCAGCUGGACAAGGUGCCCAGCCUGGAGAGGCUGCGGGCGGCCCAGAAAAGGCGUACUCAGCAGCUGAAGAGAUGGGCUGUGUACGAGAAGGAGAUGCAGAACAAGAAGCGAAAGGCGGACAAGAAGGGACGCAGCGCCAAAGACCUCCAGCAAGCCGAGUUCAAGAGGCAUGUGUCCUUUGCAGCCAGCGUGGCUCUGCUGGAGGCUUCGGCCAGGAAUGAUCCGGAUGAAGUUCGCUACCUACUGAAGAAAAAUCUGAGCCCAGACCUCUGCAAUGAAGACGGCCUCACCGCUCUUCACCAGUGUUGUAUAGAUAACUACGAGGAGAUGGUGAAGAUCCUGCUGGACCGAGGCGCCUGCGUCAACGCUCAGGACAACGAGCUGUGGACGCCGCUGCACGCCGCCGCCACCUGUGGACACGCAGGACUCGUCAAGAUACUCAUCGCCAAUAGUGCAGACUUGCUGGCGGUCAACUCUGAUGGCAACAUGCCGUACGACCUUUGUGAAGACGACCCAACACUGGACAUCAUCGAGACAGCUAUGGCCAACAGAGGCAUCACCCAGGAGAUGAUCAACGAGACACGGGCAGCUACAGAGAGGAGGAUGCUGGGAGACGUACAGGAGCUGCUGAAUCAGGGAGAGGAGGUCAACCUGCAGGACUCUCAGGGAGCCACACUGCUCCACAUCGCAGCAGCCAGUGGAUACGUGCAGGCUGCAGAGCUGCUUCUGGAGGGGGGGGCUCGCAUGGACCUGAGAGACUCGGAUGGAUGGCAGCCUCUCCAUGCUGCAGCGUGCUGGGGUCAGAUGCAUGUGGCUGAGCUGCUGGUGUCUCACGGAGCCAGCCUCAACGCCAAGACCUUCGUGGAGGAGACACCCAUCGAUCUUUGUGAGGAUGAGGAGUUCAGGGCCAUCCUGCUGGACCUGAAACACAAACAUGACAUUAUCAUGAAGUCACAGCUCAAACACAAGACGUCACUGUGCCGCCGGACGUCCAGCGCAGGCAGCCGUGGGAAAGUGGUGCGGCGAGCCAGCCUGUCGGACAGACACAACCUGUGCCGCAAAGAGUACGAAACGGAGGCCAUCGUGUGGAGGGGGGGGAGGGAGGAGCAGCAGGAGGACAAAGAGAAGGAGUCUGACCAGGAGAACAACCAGGUGAUCAAAGUAAAGCCAGUCGUAGCUGUGGAGCUGCCAGACAAGCCCAAGCUGCCCACCAUCCUCAAAGACAGCAGCAGCAAACAGAACGGGCUCAUCUCCACGACGACGUCCACGCCCCCGCAACCGCCCUCCAAUAGCAACACGGCAUCGCCUGAAUCCUCCACUCAGGAGGACGCCUGCCCAAGAGAGCGCGCUCAGACUCUGUCAGAGCUCAAGAAGCAGAGGUCCGCCGCCAAACUGUUGAGUCACCCCUUGUUCAAUGGUCACCUAGGUAACGGCUCCACAGACUCCUUCACUGAAGCCAAAAACAACUCCGAGGACCCCCGCAUGCCGCUGGUCUCCUCCAAUGGCAACGCGGUUUACUACACGCCAGCCAGCGGGGACCCGCCCCUCCUCAAACUGAAACAGCCAUUAGAGGAAGAGCAGCCCAAGGUGCGGACCUGCUGCUGCGUGUCAUAGCAACCUGGUCACUUGACUGUUGUCAAAUCAGGAAGUGUUUGCACAAAGGAAUGAGGAAUGGGCUACGGAAGGAAGUAAGGAAGGAAAGAGGGAGUUUCCUAUUACCAUCCUUCUCCUCCCCUCCUUUAAACGUCUCCCAGAGAAGAUGGCUGGCCUGAAGACAGUUUAGAGACUUAUCCUUGUCCUUCCCUGCCGUUAUGUGACUCCUGCUACAAAAGAAGACAUCUUCACCAAAGCAGGCGUGUUGUGUAGCACAGAGGACGAAAGGAGCCGAGCAGUGCUACUUGUUUUCUUCCAGUUGUCACCCCUGGAUUAAAACUCCUUUUCAUAUACAGAGUCACUCUACAAAGACAGAAAGAGUGUGGCCCUGCUGUCCCCUGUGCACCUUUGAAGAAUCAAAGUGAAAACAGGUUUGUUCACCGGGAAGAUUUCAAGUAAAAAAAAGUAGAGAAGAUCUCCAGGUACACGGUGCAUGUUCUGCCCUCUGAGGUGAAGAUGGAAAAUAUUUUGUUCACCCUCAAUAUGGAUGGUUAUCAAGUCAUCAAACAUUAUCUUCAAGAAGAACUUGCAUUGUUGUCAAACUACCAUGUUCUCUUUUUUGUCAUAUAUUUGUUCAAAUGUGCAGGAAGGCCAUCCCAGGACGGUCCAGAUGUAUCGCAUUACAUGGUGUUGUUCUCCAACAUGUCAAGCAGUGAAACGUAGCAAAAUGAGAUCUGUGAAGUCUCUGAAAUAUCUGUCAUGUUAAAGUGCUGCCUGCAAAAGUAAAGGGAAGGAAUGCCAUAAAACAGUAUUAAAUAUUCAGGAAGUAUGCUCCUGCAGCGAGGGAUAACAUGUCAGAGUAAAGUUGUGCACUUUUUUACUGUCACUCUACUUCACCUCACCGUCCACUCAUAUCAAACCUGAACUGACAGGUCAUGCUCCGGUUGAUGCUUAACCCACUUUGUGCUCAGAUGAUUUAAGCAAAUAUUGAAAUGGCUGUACAUGUCUUUAUUUAUGAAAUUAAUGUAAUGUGUAGAGAAAAAGAACAUUAUGGUUCCUAAAGUUGAGUGUAUUUAUUAUCUGGAUGGUGUGUGGAGAGCAUGAAUGCGCUAUGAGAUGAGCUGGAGGGACUUCCAGGAAAGCACCUUCAGACACGGAAAAUCAACUGCUAAAAGUAAGCAAGUGUUACUGUCUGCUUUAUGUACAGUUUACACAAACAAGCCAUCCUACCAGGCAGGAUUUCAUAAUGUGUCACUACAAAUAACAGUGUUAUUUGUUUAUGUUUUGGGUUGUUUUUUCUGGUGGCCAUUGUGUGGCUUUAUCUCCUCCUCGUCACUGUAUUCGUUUAAUUAACUGAAGUUGUAAAUGUUGUGUAAUGAAUUACUGUAAGUAUAGUAUUUUCUGAAAACACACA